AUUUCAUUCUCCGACACACUUAUCUUCGUUAUAUCUCAUAUACGUCACGUCAUAAAAGUACUAUAAUAAUUAUUUUUUAAAAUUGAGUUGUAUAUAAAGUAGGCAUUAGGCAAGGAAAGGAUCACAGCAAACUUGCAUAGCAUCUCAAAUCAAAUAACUCUCAGUUUCCUUCCGUAUCUCUCCGGCCAAGAGUUCCGAUUGCCAAUACUCCAUGGGUAAAGGGGCGAGAAACAAGAGGCAUGAAACCGUAACAAAUGAGGCUCAUCGCAUGGGGUUUGCAGUAGUAACUGACAAAGAUUCUGAAACAGAGGUUGCCUCAAUUCAGCAAGUUGAUGCCAAAAUUGAAGCUCUCACCAAUAGGUUCGACAGUAUCCUUGGGGUCGUCAAAAAUAUGUCCAUGCAACUUGAAGAAAUAUCAUGUGGCAUGAAGGGUCUAAUGAACAAGGGGAAGAAGAUGGAUGCUUGUGGCAUAUCAACUCGAGAAGUGUCUGAUAACUUAGAACUGGGGCGAGACAUCAUUGGAGAAUUUCAUAAUCUGAAACAGACGGGCUCUGUCGCGGAGUAUCAAGAGAAAUUUGCUGAGUUGAGAGACUUGUUGAUGACAAUGAAUUACGGGCUUACAGAAGAUUAUUUCAUUUCCAGUUUCCUGAGUGGACUCAAGGAAGAAAUAAGACACGUAAUCUGCAAGCCAAAACCAGAGACCCUUAUUCAUGCUUUCAACCUUGCACGCAUCCAGGAAAUAGCAAUUGAAGUGAUGAAAGUGAAGUUAAUCUCUUCAGAAAUGAGGACUAAUCGAGAGCAAAUCUUGCCUUGUGAAUCAGUUGAUGUUUUCAUUGAUCAAGGCCACCCUGCCAAGUUUAAAGUUUCAGUAGGAGAAAGGGACACAACAGUUAUCAUAUCUACUGGCGUUCCUUAUAGCUUCAUCGACACUGAUGUAGCAAUUCAGGCAGGGUUUGAGAUGGAGGAGACCACACCGCUGCUUGUGAAUUUUGUAUUUGGUCUAUACCAAGCAGUCAGCAGAUUCAGAUGUCCAAGCUUCAGGUGGACCGUGCAAGGUCAUGAGUUCGUAACUGAUAUGAGAAUCGUGGAAAUAAGAGCAUGUGACAUGGUGUUAGGCGGGGACUGGGUCUCAAAUAAUUACCCUUUGACGUUCACUGCAGAUAGGAUUGUCCUGCUGAAGGGUGGAAAGGAAAUAGUGUUGCUAGAUAAAACAGGAUCAGCUAAGCCUAAGAUGAACAAAGGGAAGUAAUUGGAGAAGAAUGAUUGACUAACGCAGCACCUGUGCUAAACAAAUGGUUAGUAGUAAUAGAAAAUGUUCUGUUUAAUCCUUUUUUCUUUUUUUUUUUUUGGUUUAAUAGAGAUUGAGGAGGUUUGAUGACAGACAAGUAUUACUUUGUGAUAAUCCUACUCUCCGGUGUUUAUGUACAGCUGCAUUCUUCCUACCAUUUUUGUCAGUUAUGCUGCGCUGGGAUAGGAAGGGCAAACCGCUGUUCAUUAGCACUAGUAUUUUGUAAAGGGAGAACUCUUUGUAAAGGUUGUCUUUGCUUCUCUAGUUGACUCAAAUCAGAAUUGCAUCCAGUCUAAGUAAAGAUACAUUUGUUUCCAACAA